GUGGUCACUCAGUACACCUCUCCCAUCAGAGGGCCCAUCCUACCUAGUAUGGCGCCCAUCAUAGUUUUACAGCACAGCAGCUGCUCACCUCCACAACGCCGAGGUGGGUUGAUGAGAAGGACGACGACGAGUGACAUGGGCCCAGGUGACUCGCUGUACCAUCCUGGCGAGGCUGACAUUGUCGUACGCCUGGUGGAACGCCUCUCUCGCCGUACCAAGGAUAUUUGUGUCAUAUGCAUGUAUAAAGCGAUGGUGCAGGAAAUGAAGGAUCGACAUCAGCUUUACCACAUAUCAGCAUCAGGCACUUUCAUCUCGGACCCUCAACGAGCCAAUGUGGCCAUCUCCCGAGGCAAGGACCAUCUAGUGGUCGUCGGCCACGA